AUGGCCGACGCAACCAAGUACACCAACAAACUCCACUCCAAACGAGUCCUCAUCCUCGGUGGCAGCUCUGGCAUAGGUUUUGGGGUUGCAGAAGCGUCGCUCGAGCACGGCGCCCACGUCACCAUCUCCUCCUCAAGCCAAAGCCGUGUCGACAGUGCCGUCGCCUCUCUCACGUCCAGCUACCCCUCCGCCAAAUCCCGAAUCCAAGGCUUUACAGCCAACCUCUCCACCCCCGACCUCGAUGCCAACAUCCACGAUCUCUUCACCAAAACCACCAAUUCCGGAAAAGAGAAACUCGACCACGUCGUCUUCACCGCCGGGGACCACCUCUCACAAGUUCCGCUCGUAGAUACAACACUCGAGACCUUGCAGAAAGCUGCGAUGGUGCGGUUCAACGCCCCCCUGUUGACAGCCAAGCACGCGGCCAGCUUCCUUAACCCCGGGCCGGGGAGCAGCAUCAUCAUCACCACGGGCAGCGUAAGCGAGAAGCCGAUCGAGAAUUGGGCUGUCGUGGGUAGCUAUGCUGCAGGUGCACAUGGCAUGAUGAGGGGUAUCGCCCUCGAUUUGAGACCGGUCAGGUGUAAUCUGAUCAGUCCGGGGUUUGUGGACACGGAGAUGUGGGAUCAUUUGAAAGGUGAGGGUGCCGCUGGAGGGGGGCAGUAUGAGAAAUUGGUGGAGGCACAGAAAAAGGUGACGACCACCGGGAGGGUUGCGAACGCUGGGGAUAUUGCUGAGUGA